AUGGACGUGAAGGUAUUCCUUUUUAUCUUGCUUCUAUCAUUGUCUCUCGGCAAUGCAGAAACCAUUAAUUCAACCAGCAAUAUCAGAGAUGGCGAGGUGAUUGUUUCAGAUGGUGGAAGUUUUAAACUUGGUUUCUUUAGCCCAGGAAAUUCUACUUACCGAUAUUUUGGUGUAUGGUUUGGCGAUGUUGAAGAGCUGACUGCUGUAUGGGUGGCAAAUAGGGAAAGUCCCUUGAAGGACUUCAAUGGAGUUUUUAAGAUAUCGGAAGAUGGUAACUUGGUGGUGCUUGAUGGAAAUGGGAUCCUAUAUUGGUCAUCAAAUGCCACAUUUACGACGAACAAUUCAGCUUUUGAACUCCUGAAUAAUGGAAAUCUUGUGCUGAGAAAUGUAACUGAAAGUGAUAAUGAAGCCAACAUUUUGUGGCAAAGCUUUGAUCAUCCAACUGACACUUUCCUGGCAGAAAUGAAAUUUGGAUUAAAUCUAAAGACUGGUGAAAACCAGCUUCUCACAGAUUGGAGGAGUGAAAAUAAUCCAGCUCCUGGAAAUUUCUCUAUAGGGUUUGAUCCCACCAGAAUUUCGCAGAUUAUAAUAUGGAACGGUUCUACUAAGCAUUGGAGAAGUGGGAUUUGGAACGGACAGACGUUUUCCGGUGUACCGGAAAUGACAUCUUUUCAUCUUUAUAACUUCAACAUAAUUAAAGAUAAUGAAAACGGGAAGUUAUACAGUGUUUAUUCAAAUGUAAAUAUGUCAGCCCCUUCAAGGUUUGUGUUGAGUCCCUCCGGCCAGCUGGAAAGAUCAUACUGGAUGAAUAAUUCCAAGACAUGGGACGUCGUCUGGGCACAACCAAAUGCUGAAUGCCAAAUAUAUAAGAAGUGUGGUCCAAAUGGGAGCUGCGAUAUGAAAAAAAUUCCUGAAAUUUGCAGCUGCUUAAAGGGGUUUGAGCCAAAUUCUGCUGAGCAAUGGAAAGUGGGAAAUUGGAGUGGUGGCUGCGUGAGGAAAAGAGCAUUGGACUGCAAGGAAGGAAGCACUACAGAUGGGUUUUUUAAGUUGUCUAAUGUGAAGUUACCUGACAAAUCUUUGUUGAAGGUGGCUGAGGGAAUACAUGAAUGUGAAGAGGUGUGCAGAAAGAACUGCAGUUGUAUUGCUUUUUCAUAUGAAAGAGGCUUGGGUUGCUUGGCAUGGCUAGACAGUUUGGAAGAUAUUCUGAUUUUUGAAGAGGGCGGCCAAGAUUUGUACUUCCGUCUAUCCAAGUCCGAUUUGAAAGGUAUGCACAUAUCUCCAUCCAUUUUUUAA